CAACGCUCAGUGCGCCUUGCUCUCUAAUCCCAUUACAGACCCAGGUUAGGGGAGAAACAAGUAAUGGAAAUGGUUCAAAGGAAAAUAGAGGAAGAUGGUGACAUUCACUGCAGAGAGGAUCUAAGGAUAUAGAAGUGAUGUGGGAGUAAAACCCAGAAGAUGGCAGUAGUGCAACAUCGUUGGAUGCAGGCUGCCUUUAAAAAUGGAAGAAGAAGAAGAAGGAAUUCUAUUGUGGACCACUUAUCGGAGGAGCAUCUGUGGUAACUACGGGCACAAGCAGAAAUACCCUCUCCUCAUGCAGCACUGGAAAAUACAAUAACGACACACCUAUUCUGCCUCCACAUUCCUACAAUGAUCUGUGGAAAAUAACGAAUUGUUUUUCUGGUGGAGACAGCUGACAGAGAGAAUAAUGGCCGGCGGUUCUGAGAGUAAACAAGAAGAAGAGGCACUUGGCAACCUAAUUGUUCAUUUCCAGAGCUACUUGCAUGGAGGAACCUCCAGCUUGUUGUCCACCCUUCCCACCCUUAUCGUCUUUCCUGUCUAUAAGACUGUUUUUCGUCAACAAAUCCACAACACCUCAGUUCACAAGGCAGUGGCACAGCUCUAUAGAGAGGGCCCUGUGAAGCUCUAUAGGGGUGUGGCUCCACCGUUAGUGAUGAGGACGCUGAACGGCACACUGCUCUUUGGCCUCCAGGAUACCCUCCUCCGACAGCUCCCUCUGUCAUCCCAGAAUGUCAUCUCUGCCAAGGCCCUUCCUGCUCUGGCGGGGUUUGGGGCAGGUGUUGUAGAAGCCGUGGUUUUUACACCCUUUGAGCGUGUUCAGAAUGUGCUGCAGAACAGCCAGAAUGACAGUCGUCUACCCUCGUUCAAGAGCGUCCUUCUAAGGCUAAAGGCAGAGGGGAUUGCUUUGGGCUACUACAGAGCCUUCCUGCCCAUUGCAGCCCGCAACGCCUUCGGCAGCUCCCUCUACUUUGGACUGAAGGGGCCUGUGUGUGUUGCUGUGGCGGAGCAGGGGGUCUCACCAAUGGCCUCCUCUUUCAUCUCAGGAACAGUGAUAUCAGUGGCAGUCAGCUUGACUCUGUACCCACUCUCUGUGCUUGUGGCAAACAUGCAGUCACAAGUAGGUGGGGACGUUAAAGGGGUCAUAGCAUGCUGGGCUCUGCUCUGGAAAUCUCGUAAUAGGAGUUUGGCGUUACUGUAUCGAGGAGGUUCCAUGGUUAUCCUGAGGUCGUGCAUCACUUGGGGACUCACCACUGCCAUUUAUGACAGGCAGGAGAAACAAUCAGGCUGAAGAUUCGUGCUCCAGACAUUUUUAUCCACAAAAGUGUAUUCAAUUUUGAUAUUGUUCACAGGAGACAUUUUGACUUAUAACUGCAAGAAAAAAAACGUAUUGAUAAGCCUUUAUAGUGUGGGAGUGAACUACCACAAGCAAUUCCGGUACUCUGAAACCAUAACUUUAACAAUUAUUCAAUAUAUUACUUCCACCUGCGCUUCUCUGAUGUUUACUGCAGUGAGUGAAGAAAAUGCAGUCAUACUAACAAGCUAAUUUUCUGUGUCAAAAUGUGCUAUCAAGCUGACAGCACCACUGCUAAGACUUCUGGUCUCAGAGAUGGGUUUGAAUAGUUCUCCUUUGAUGAAGUUGUCAGUCACAUAUGCUUUGAAUUUUUAUUGUUUUGUAAGGAAAGAAAUUUUGCUUAGGACUCAAAAAACAAGAAAUGCUGCAAGCCAGCCAGGCUUAAAGAACAGAUGCCAUAAUAUAGUCAGAAACACAGAUUAGUUUUCUACUACCUGAGAAUUAGGAUUAUUGUGCACUGCCGGUAAUGGAAUCACACAGCCACAAUGUAAUUCUGCAGGGGCAGUCCAAGAUUUUUUGGGGCCUAAAGCAGAAUUUGAUUUGGGGCCCAUCAACCACCCACUUUAGCGCAGCCACAAUUAUCCAUGAAUUGUCCAUGUUUGAUCAUUUGUCAUGUCAUACAUGAUAUGCCUUUCUAGUGUAGUGGAAAGAAAUAAACCAAGUUAACUUUUGUAAAUUCAAAACAUCUGACUGUUCAUACUGUUUUUUAAAAUGUGCAGAAUGGCAGAAAAGUAUAUUAAUUCAUAAACAUACCUUUAUCCCAAUGCUUCCCCCUCAUUUUUCUUUUUAGCAAAAUAAGUCUUUUUUUUUUUUUUUACAUAUUUGCUGCGGUCUACUUUAAAACACUUAUAGUGGGCAUGAACGUGGCCGCAGCUAUGACAGUGAAAGUGAUCAAACCAGUAGCAUUAACCUGUCAUUUUAUUAAAAUAUGUAUCAAAAAUAUUUAGCUUUCUCUUUCAUGAAUACAACUUAUAUAUCACAAAAAUUUAACAUUUAUUAACCUGCAUUGUGUGACAUUUCAAAUGCUCUCGGGGGGCCCCCUGCUGGUGAGGGAGCCCACAACCAGCUGCUUAGUCUGCUUAUAGCUGACACAUUGACUUAUGCUUGUCCUACUUAAAAAAGGUCACUCCCUCUUUCUAUGCUUCUAUGAGGUCAUUUACAACAAGCGAGUUGUUAAUAUCAGCCAGGUACAGCUUGACCACGCACACCCAUUGACGAGAGUGCAAACUGCAAGUCGUAAGGUACUAUUAUUAUGUGUUAUGAAACAGGUUUUCUGUGCACAGAGGGAGUUAUGUUGUAGUUCAGUGUAAAACACUGGCACUAUACUGAAUUAUAUUCAGUCUUACACUUUUAAUGUAAUCUGUUAUUUCCUCAGGACUGUCAGUCUUUCUGUAGCCAAUGAUUGAAGGUAAUAAUCAUUGUUGUUUUACUUUUUAAAAAGUUAAUUUGAAUGUCUUUUGUUUGUGUGAAAUGUCAUUUUUAUUCUGGGCAUUUUAUGUGCUAAAGAGGACAACCUACUGUGACUCAUUAACUCACCUGUUGUUUUAUUAUUAUUAUUUUUAAAUGAUCCUUUUAUACUGAUCCUUAGCAUAAGACCCCAUAAAUCUAUGUGCUGUUUACAUCUGUGGAUUGCCGUCUUUUUGCAAGAUAAACAAUUUCCUUCUGAAAAAAAAAAACCAAGGUAUUAAGCCAUGUAUGGUCUCAAUAUAUAUGGUGACCAUGAAUCAUCAUAUACAUAUUAUGAAUUAAAGACUGUAAGAAAAUAAAGCUAAGUUUCGGUCACUACUGCACUGUUUCCUGACAGCAAGAAGGUUUUGGGGCAGGGCUAAGUGGGGCCUUCCUUUGAGGAAUUUUCCUGCUCUUGCUUGUGGAAAUGUCCAAACACAUCCCGACUGGAUGAAUCAGGAAAAUAAUUCUUUGCUGCCUCUUGUUUAGCUAGGUUCCCCACACACACACACACACCCCAAGAGCAUGCGGCUGCUUCACCUGAAGGUAUAUAAUUUGCUUACAGCGUAGAACAGUAAAAGAACAUGUAUUUGACUGUCAAAACAGCAUAUUUUCCCCUAUUUACUGCCAAACAAAAUAACAGUUACUGGAAAGUAUUGGUGUUUUCCCACCAAGUGCAUUAACAAAUUACAGUCAUUCGACUUCAACUGGUUUCUUUCCCUUUCUUGUUAUGAUUAUUUUUAAGUUGGCUUGUCAUAACCCUGUAGCCCACUAGAUGGUACUGUGCUAAAAGAGAAAAACGUGAAAUCCAUCACAUCACCUACAAUAGGUGUCCGUUUUUCCAAACGUGCGGAUACGUGAAGGAAUUCAUCAUGCGAUUGCAACACUGCAUAGGAAGAACUUUGACCCAACAUAUCAUUUUUAAGGAGGUUUGAGAGGGCGGUGAGACAUCAAGAGUGUCCAAUUAAAAUUCGCCUUCUGAGCUUUGAAAGCCAAUGAGAGCCAGAGGACCGGUGUCCAUGUUGGCGUGCACAAGGGCGUGUUGUCUCUAUUUAAACCGUUGGCUUUGCACGGAUUACACACACACACAGUUACCUGUUAAAGAUUGUCUUGCAACGCGGUCCUACACCAGGUAAAACUCUUUAAAUUGUUUUGUUUUUCCAGCUGUCUUAGCCUGCUGAUAAAUUAUUUUUUUCUUAAUUGCUAAGAAAAAAAUGCGAACGAAUUGUUUAUUUUAAGUGAUUAUUUAUGUGCUGUGUAUUAAAAUAUGAAAUACGUUAUGCAACGUUUUGGUGUGUAUCUCUUUUAGUACACUCACUGGUGUGUUAGUCACUUCAGUUAUGGCGCAGGGUGUGUACAGAUACCUGACAGUGCCUCAUUUCUCUGCCCGCAGAUUAGGGCUGUCUAUAAGUCUUUAUCAGGCUACCUAAGGUUAAUUUUCCUAGACAGCAUGGUCUUUAAGGGGUCUUUUCCCUAGGGUGGUGUUAAAAAUAAAAAUGCACCCAUUAUUCUGUGCGGUCUAUUGGUGUGGACAGCAAAGAAGACAGACGCUCCCCUAAUGGGAUAGGUCACUGAAUUUCCUAAUACUGCAGUAUUUAUGCCCUGACUUCAGUCCUCCUGGAAAUAUUAAAUUCCUAUAAAACUUGUUCCAAUGCACAUGCGCUUCUAAUCUUAUUUGCUUAGUUGGCACAGGUGUAAAAUUCUCCGUAUCUCUUUAAUAACUGUACAUAAAUGCAAAUCAGUGCACAGAUGCACCAUUUUUCUCUGUUAACAAGAGCCAUUUGUGGAUUUGAAUGCCACCCAGUUAAACACUACAUCACGUUAGUUCACCGUGGUGAGAUAGAGGUACAGAUACUUGUUGUUUCAGGUGACUGCAUGGUUCACAUAACCUUUUUUUUUUUUU